AUGCCUUUCAUAGCAGCAUACACCCUGUCCGCAUUACGGAUUGCCACCGGUCUUGGCCUUAUCGCAUUCCCACACGCCAACUUCAGGCUCGCUCAGAUCGCGCAGCCAUCUGCUGCUUCCGGCAUAGUCGCAGCCCGCUUCAUGGGCGCAAGGGAGCUUGCUGUUGGUGGACUUCUCUGGCACGUCCUUUCUGAGAACAGCGGUCAUGAUCCGAUCAGUACUGUACAUGCGGACGAGACGACUCCGCUUGCUGGUAAGGUCGACGAGCACAAGCCGAGGUCGCUGUCGAUGCUGAAGAGCGUUCUCGUGGCAGCGAUGGUGGCCGAUACAGUCGACAUCGGAAGCUGCGCCAUCUGUGUCCUAGACGGCAGUCUGACAGUCCGUUCGGCGCUGGGCGUUGGUGCGCUAGGUGUCGUUGGUGUUGCCUGGGGCUUCUACUGCUACAGGGGUGCGUCCCAGAAGGAGAAGAUCAGAACCUAG